AUGAGCGGAGAGAUUGAUGCCGUCUACAUUUAUGACGAGCUCAAUGCCCCUCUCGUCGAGCAUGUAUACCGAGCCCGCCCGCCCUCGGCGGCCGCGAUCCUACCCCUCUACCUCGCCCAUGCCGCCCCUCGCCCCUCCUUGCUGUACAUUCCCAAUGCCUCACCACCGGUGACAGUGUUUUCGACUGUUCAAUCGAAUUUGCUCUUCCUCGCCGUGUCUGAGGUGGACACCGAGCCGCUCUUGGCCUUGGAAUUCCUGCAUCGCGUGGUCGAUGUAUUGGAGGAAUUUGUCGGCGCGCCGCUGCUUGCGACCAAGAUUCAGUCCAACUAUGAAGUGGUUGCACAGUUACUGCACGAGAUGUGCGAUGGGGGAAUGGUAUCCAACACGGAACUCAAUGCUUUGCAAGAGGUUGUUGAGGUGCCCGGCUGGAUGGGGAAGCUUCUCGGCGGGAUUAGCAUGCCUGGGACAUCGACACCGACAUCAGGACCUACUAACCCUCUAAAACAAUCACUCGCCGCUGCUAGCGCAGCCCAGGGACCUGCGAUACCAUGGCGACGACCCGGAGUACGACACACGUCAAAUGAGCUAUACGUCGACAUUAUUGAAUCUCUCUCUGUGACUAUGGCCCCAUCAGGGCGAUUACUCUCUGCAAUGGCAUCUGGAACUAUUGCAUUCACUGCAAAGAUAUCGGGUAUUCCAGACUUGCUCCUGUCAUUAUCGGCGCCGGGUGGUCAGCAAUCGCUUGCUCGGAAGAUCGAAUUGCCAGUCUUCCAUCCGUCUGUCAGACUUGCUCGCUGGCGAGAAAAGCCCGGGGAGCUUAGCUUCAUACCUCCAGAUGGUCGAUUCAUUCUGGCCGGGUAUGAGGUUGAUCUUCUUCCGAUAGACCCUGAUCUAGACGAGCCACCCAGCCACAUGGAAAAGCUGUUUCUGCCAGCCAUUGUAGACAUUCGAAAAUCAAUUGGGCCCUCCGGCUCGGAUUUUGAGGUCAGGUUGACUCUGAACACCAACUUCCCGGGUAGUUCCUCAAAGCCAACAGUCUCGCGGAAUGGAUCAGGAACAUCAACGCCUUCCUUUUUAGGCGGCGGAAGCAGCUCAAGUGGGCCCGUACUGGAAGAAGUAGUUGUCAGCGUCCCGAUCUCCAAAUCCGUCCGGCACAUCACAGACAUGCAAGCUAGUCGUGGUGAUGCACAGUACUCUCGCAAUACGGGGCUUCUCGAAUGGCGGGUCCCCACAGGCCGUGAAGCUGGAAGCAUUUCAGGCACUGCGACUCUCCGAUGUUCUGUCGCAGGCUAUCCAACGGCCGACGAGGAACAUGAUGACAGCCUCGAGGACGACGAAGAUGCCAAUGCAAACCUUCUUCAAGGCUACUAUGAAACCCCUACAUCUUACAACGACCCAUCUGCAGGCACCACCAGAAAGCGCCGCGACCCCUCCAAGAAGAAGAAGAAGAAGAAGAAGGACAAGGAGAAGGGAUCCAAGAAAUCUUCUCGAUCUGCCGCUCUCCUCGAAGAAACAGUCGAAGGUGAAAGUGAAGGCCCCGCUGAAGGAAUAUCAGAGGCACCUGCCAAAGCCAAACCCCCAUCUCCGAGCCCUUCCAAAUCUCACACGCCUACUCCUCCUCCACAAUCUCAACAACCAUCUCAACUUCCUGCGUUUUUCGCACCUUCAUCCGCACCUCGCUCUGGGCCCCGCAGAACCAAAGCCCAACUGAAUGCCAGUCUCAUGCCGAACUCUGCCUCUGUCUCCUUCUCUGUCCGAGGAUGGCUUCCAUCUGGCAUCAAGGUGGACAGCUUGAAUAUUGAUCAGCGCCGCAGUCGAGGGAUAGGUGACAGUGUCAAACCGUACAAGGGAGUGAAAUAUAUAUGCGUUAGUCGGCGUGGUGUCGAGCGACGCUGCUGA